CGCGAUUCGGCGUCGAUCGCUUUGGAGCUCCCCUCCCUGUCCUCCCUGCUUUUUAUGACGCACGCGAACCACGCCGGGGGCGCUUAUGAGAUGGGGUAAGAUGUAGGUGGUGCAGGUGGUAGGAUGAAGUACCUCUUCAGCUCCUGUGACUAGUAGCAGGCUCGUUACUAAACACUCUAGUUUAUUGUUAAUGCUUCACCUUUAGAGUUUCAUGCUGUCAUUCCUCCACUUCGUCUUACCCCUAUCUCAUCUCCAUACAAACUAAUUUCUGAAUGAUAUCUCUCGCAUGGUCUGGGAUUUCCGGAUUUGACCUCUUCUGCCACAUUAUCCUGGCCGUAUACUUUGCUGCAUUCCUCUUUCUCCAUGCCAAUCACAUCCGCUCCCUGACCCUAGCCAUGGCCGACAUGAUGAACCCACAGACACCACCAAGGAAGUUAUUCAAGCCUUCCAGUAAAACCAAGACGCCAACCCCCGUGAAAAGGCCUAGGCCAAUCACUCCCGCGGCCUCGAGCACCCAGUCCCGCGACGUCUUCACUCCUACCGAGACUAUUAGUCGAAGCACAGACGGGCCUAGUGAUUUAGAUACUGGAAAGGACCCCAUCGACAGCUCAAUUGAGGAGGGCAGUGCUUCGGAUCAAACUAUUAGCCCAUCCAAAAGCAUUGCUGGGAAACCUCGAGAACUUCUUUCUUCCUCGACCGACGAUCUACCUGAACCCUCCAAUCCCACGGACACUCUGAACUCCCCAACAGACAUCGCCAAAUACUUCGCUGAACAGGGGAACUCCGAAAUGAGUGCAUUUGUAUCGGCGCUAUCUGGCAAGACGUCGAGUGACCAUGCGAUGGACUCUGGUAAGGGGGCGUUGGAUGAGUCUUAUAAGACGAUGAGCCACGUCACCGACGAAUCGAUGAAAGACGUAUCUAAAUUCGUGAAGGGAUUACCUACAUCCGAAGCCAAUGAGGAAGUUACUGGAGACACAACGUCAAAGACACCGGAUCUUGCAAAUAUGACCGAGGGUUCUACUGAAGUAGAUACGGCUGAAGCGGCAAACUCGAGCCAAAGUCUUCCUGAGAAAACCGCAAAUAUUCCGAACCCUGCAGACGUUUCCAAGAAAGCAGAGGGAACCACGAACGACGUCAAGGCCCAGACAUCAGGCCAGGCGCCAAUUAAUAACAUUGGUGAGCCUGAUAUGUCUAGAAUCUCGAAGGAGGCACACGUUGGGGUGCAUACUGGAGAGGGAACCCCGAAGGACACUACUCAAGGCGCCACAGAGGACGUCGACAAAAAGGCAGAUACUGGCACGUCAGGAACUACGGAAGACGGAACGCGAAUCGCGGAUAACAUGGGUCAUCCCGCCCAUAUUGAACGAAGAAUUGAAAUCCCCCUUCCACGCCCCGAAAAAGUAGUAAAUAGCCCUCCUCAACCGGCAAAGCCCGAUAUGAACAAUAUCGCAGCUGGUCUCAAUGACCCCAACGACCUUCCCGGUACGCAUGGCUUACCAAGCACCGACGACCUACCUGAACUUUCGGAAGAACUACAAGAUCCACCGGAAGAAGUGCUAGACCCAUCAGUGCAUUCUCCAUCCUCGAAUGUCUCACCUAUUCCAAAAAUCCCGAAGAUCACACCCAUUGGCGCGGCACCGCCUCCCGAUCUUCGUCGUCUCGCUCAUGGCCUUGGAGGUAAUGUCGUCGACGACGUUGGUAAUAUUGUCGAUGCGUCGGAGAAGGUACUCGGCCAUGUCACAGGCGAUCUCCCUGCCAUGGUAGGGAAGAAAGUUUCCGAUAAUGGCGAAGUCUAUGGAAACAGUGGUGAACUCAUAGGAUACGUUUCAGAAAAUUUCACCGGCCCACCACCUCCUACAGAGAUACCUGAGAAGGUAUUGGGAGGGUUGAAAGUGGAUCACGAGGGAAACAUUCUUGACAACAGCGGUAACAUAAUCGGUCGCUUCAACGAGAAGGCUGGGGAGAACGACGACUUAGCUCCAUUCAUGAAACCAUCCAAAAAGGGUGAAUCUGAACCCGAUGAUGAACCUGAGGAAGAAGAAAAGCCGAAGGUUAACGCUCACACAGGUGGGAGCCCUUCUGAUAUCUUCUUAGAUGUCAAGUCUACGACGGAUGGUAUUCAACUGACCAUCCGCAUCCCGACAACGUUCGGGAAACGACCACAAGAACUAUGAACGGUGUUUAUAUAUCUAAGUAGGAAGGUUAUGACUCUGACUAAGGGGAUGUGGAAAAUGCAUAAUGUGUGGAGCGAGAUUGGCGGAAUAUGAUACCUUGGGUCUCUUUCAUUUGACGAAGCGCGCGCCGCCAUCGUUCAUGAACAGUACUUCAUUAAUAUUCCAAUCUUGUACACUAUAUGAAUACAUAAUUUGAGUGCCGUGUACCAAUCAGGUACAUACCUAAAUAUUGUUGAAUUUUCAAAACCAGCUUCCUUGUGUUACUAUCAUCAGGUGUACUCAAUGCAAGGAGGAAACACUGAAGCUCUCAAGCUCGAG